CCCAGUAACAGAGAUACCCCAGAGAGAUGUUCCUGUCCUCUGUAUUCCCAGGAUUGUACAGAGGAGAAUCACAGGAUCCCACAGGAGGAUCAGGUAGAACGUCUGUCUGAUAUUAAAACAGAAGAUAUAAAGGGAGAAGAAGAGACGUAUCUAACUGUUAUAAAGGUAGAAGAUACAGAGGAAGAAGAAGAGACGUAUGUGAGAGGUGAUCAGCAGUGUAAGGAGGAGGAGAUCCCUACAGAUAUCAGCACAGAUGGACACACAAGCAGGAACAUCUCAGAAGGACAUCUAAUGUUAUCCCUGGAUUGUGACAUAAAAGAUAAUGACAGUAGACAGGAAUCUCCCGGAGAUAACCCCAUUACCCCAAUUAUACAUCCAGCUCUAUCAGCUGGUCCCUCUGAUCCUGGGGAAUGUUCUCCUGAUCACUCUGAUAUUGGUGCAUCUGUUACAGCUCUAACAGUAGAUACAGUGUUUCUCUGUUUUAUAGAUGCCAAAUGUUUUACACAGAACACAAAGCUUAUUACCCAUCAGACAGGUAGGACAGGGGAGAGGUCAUUUCCAUGUUCUGAGUGUGGAAAAUGUUUUACCUGGAAAUCACAACUUGAUAUACAUCAGAGAAGUCACACAGGUGAGAAGCCAUUUCCAUGUUCUGAGUGUGAGAAAUGUUUUGCACGCAAAUCAGAUCUUGUUAUGCAUCACAGAAGUCACACAGGUGAGAAGCCAUUUUCUUGCUCUGAGUGCGGGAAAUGUUUUAUCCGGAAAUCACAACUUGUUAUACAUCAGAGAAGUCACACAGGUGAGAGGCCAUUUCCAUGUUCUGAGUGUGGGAAAUAUUUUGCACACAAAUCAGAUCUUGUUAUACAUAAGAGAAGUCACACAGGUGAGAAGCCAUUUUCUUGCUCUGAAUGCGGGAAAUGUUUUGCACAGAAAUCACAACUUGCUAGACAUCACAGAAGUCACACAGGUGAGAGGCCAUUUUCUUGCUCUGAGUGCGGGAAAACCUUUGCCCACAAAUCACAUCUUGUUACACAUCAGCGAAGUCACACAAGUGAGAAGCCACUUCCAUGGUCUGAGAAAUAAAUCCGCUCUUGUUGCACGCAAUGGACAUCACUCAGGUGAGGAACCAUUUUAGUUUUCUGGAUUAUACUAAUUGCCAUGCGUUGUUCUUUAAGGUUCUUAUCCUAUCUCCUAUGAUUUUUGCAAUAUACAUGCUACCACUGGGUAUAAUAAUCAGACGUCAUGUCCUCAUCUACCACUGCUAUACAGAUGACCUGUCUCUUGCUCCGGGUACUGAGAACCCAGUACCAAUCCUAAAUGGUUGUCUAGCUGAGCUCCAGGUGUGGGUGAUGCCAGUUGGCUGUGACUCAGUCCUUGUGAAACAGGUCCAUAUAGUAGAAGCUCACCAACAAAGGGCAGGGCUACAGCUCAGCUUUGUUACCAACCAGACUUACACUUGUGGGUUCCGAGUUACAAAAUGCUGAUCCUGUGCAGAAUCUUGGUGUCCUGGAUGGUGGAGUGACACUUAGACAUCAGGUAUCAGCCACAAUCAGAGCCUCAUCUGAGGAACAUAGCCAGACUCCAGCACUUAAUUCCCUUAGAAGAUCUACCUACAGUCAUACAUGUACUUGUAGCAUCACGCAUAGACUACUGCAAUGACCUCUACCUGGGUCUCCCAGCAAAAGAAUUGUACUGCUUGUAGCUUGUACAGAAUGCAGCAGCCAGGCUGUUACCUAACCAGCCCGUUCCUGCCACAUAACACCCAUUCUUUGCUCCCUUCACUGGCUGCCUGUAAGAUGGUGACUCUGGGCCUUACUCAGGUUGGAUUGCAGUGUGUGAUCCAAAAGGAAUUAUUGAGAAAAAGUUGCGGACGCAUGCGCAGCACCCAUCUUGCGCAUGCGCCUGCAUUCUCUACGUGGGGGCUGCAGACAAUGCGAUUACUUGUUCAUCAGGCAGAGGCGGUCACGGGGUGUGGGCAAUGCACCAUUUCCAGAGAAGAUAGAGCAUUGCAAGUGUGGUGCGGCGAGAAAGGGAAGCGGACAAGCAGACGUGAUCACGGUGGCAUCACACGCAGCCAUCGCAAUCGAGAAGAAUGCGGUAGGUAUCCUGCAGGUACAGCUAAGCUGGCAGGAUGCUUCACUAAUUUCUAAGAUGAAGCAGAAAUUGUGAAGCGAUCGCAAUUUCUGCUUCAAGGGUGGAGGCGUCAGUCAGCAUGUUAGGCGGCCUCGCCCUGUGAUGGGCGGCUCCCUGCACGAUAGAAGAAAGGAUUGCUAAUUAGCAGCAUCUGCUAUCCUUUCUGACUUACUGUAGGCCCCCAUACAGAAUCUUACUGACUCUCCCAGCCCUACAUGACCAAGGUCCAUGUACCAGAAUUAGCUUCUGCCUCCUUACUGACUUACUGUAGGCACCUAUUACAGAAUCUUACUGACACUCCUAGCCCUACAUGACCAGGGUCCAUGUACCAGAAGCAGCUUCUUUCUCCUUACUGACUUACUGUAGGCCCCUAUUACACAAUCUUACUGACUCUCACAGCCCUACAUGACCAGGGUCCAUGUACCAGAAUAGCUUCUGCCUCCUUACUGACUUACUGUAGGCCCCUAUAACAGAAUCUUACUGACUCUCCCAGCUGUACAUGACCAGGGUCCAUGUACCAGAAGCAGCUUCUGCCUCCUUACUGACUUACUGUAGGCCCCUAUUACAGAAUCUUACUGACUCUCCCAGCCCUACAUGACCAGGGUCCAUGUACCAGAAGCAGCUUCUGCCUCCUUACUGACUUACUGUAGGCCCCUAUUACAUAAUCUUACUGACUCUCCCAGCCCUACAUGACCAGGGUCCAUGUACCAGAAGCAGCUUCUGCCUCCUUACUGACUUACUGUAGGCCCCUAUUACAUAAUGUUACUGACUCUCCCAGCCCUACAUGACCAGGGUCCAUGUACCAGAAGCAGCUUCUGCCUCCUUACUGACUUAUUGUAGGCCCCUAUUACAUAAUCUUACUGACUCUCCCAGCCCUACAUGACCAGGGUCCAUGUACCAGAAGCAGCUUCUGCCUACUUACUGUAGGCCCCUAUUACAUAAUCUUACUGACUCUCCCAGCCCUACAUGACCAGGGUCCAUGUACCAGA